UAAAUCUUUCCCAUUAUUUAAUCGAUGUGUUCCACAAAAUCCUGAAUGCUACUCCAAAUAUGCAUCUGCUUUAAUAAGUAUGGUUAAUGAAAUGGAUGUUUUUCACCGAAUUCUGAGUGGAAUAUUGGCAGGAAGAGAUACUGUGAUAGGACUCAGUGUCCUUGCACUAGCCUUGUCUUUUAUACUGGUUUUAACCUUCAGAUUCAUUCGGCCGCUUCUGGUCCAUACUUUGAUUGCACUGGUUGUGUUCGGGCUGUUGUUUGUCUCAGGUGUUCUCUGGUGGCUCUAUUAUGACUACAGGAACGAUCCCAGCACUGAAUUGGAAACAGAAAAGGAAAACGUAAAAUUUCUGCUUGGAUACGCUGUCUUCUCAACAGUCGUUACCGUUGUUGUGCUUUCCCUUAUACUUGUACUACAAAAGAGGCUUCCGUUCACCAUACAGCUCUUUCGAAUUGUUGGCAAAAUCAUUGGCAGAAUUCCUUUCCUCCUCUUCCAACCACUCUGGACCUUUCUGGUUCUCAUUGUGUUCUGGGUAUUUUGGGUUGCUGUACUACUUAGCUUAGGAACUGCGGGUACUGCCCAGACUACUUCGGGAGGACAAGUAGAAUACAGAGCUCUGUCUGGAAUUUGCUACAUGGCAUGGUAUCAUUUCGUUGGCCUUAUCUGGACUAGUGAAUUCAUUCUUGCCUGUCAGCAAAUGACGAUUGCUGGGGCAGUGGUUACUUGUUAUUUCAACAGGAAUAAAAAUAGCCCACCACCUCACCCAGUCCUGUCUUCCAUAUCAGUUCUUUUUUGCUAUCAUCUAGGAACUGCUGUAAAAGGCUCAUUUCUGAUCACAAUACUGAGAAUACCAAGGAUUGUUCUCUUGUACCUUUAUAAUAUCCUGAAACAAAAG